AAAAAUAGUACGCCAGUGCAGUGAACCCCGACGGUAAAUUGAAGAUUUUCCGUGUUUUAUCGAUAUAAAACUAAGCAGGGUAGCGUCGCGGAUGCUAUCAAAGUGCGUCGUUCGUGGACUGUUUAGAGAUUGAAGAUGUCCGCGUUGAGUGUGAGGGCACCCGGCCUGCAGGCCACGACAAUGCUGGACACUAGGUCGUUACGGGUUCGUGGUGUGACCACUCUCGAAGGUGUGAGAAGGAACUUGUUCGGUUGUACGGAUAGAGAAGAGAAUAGACGGUUCGUUGAAAGAGAGUUGGCUAGGCAGCUGGAGCUGGACAGCCAAAGAUGGGGAUUCGAUUUCGCGAACGAAAAACCUCUGCCUGGUACGCAGAGGUUCGCUUGGCAACUCGUACCGGCGUCGACUAUUCCCGCCGCAUUAAGAAGGUCGCCCAUCACGAUAACAACACCAAAACCUACAACGCCAGCACAGGAGACAAAAGUAUCAAGUCCAGAAAACAGUAAAACGCAAAAGAGAAUAACAGAUUUCCUGAAACCCCGCAAGCGGCUACCGACCAGCGGAAAGAAAUCGCCGGCGCACAAGCACAAGCACGAAUGCGGUCACGGGGCCCACAUCCGUCCCCCCAAGGUGGCGAGACUUGCGCAGGCGCACUUCAAGCGCACCAGCUAGGCCGCGGCCAUGCUAAACCCCGCGACGAUUGAACGCCAGGAAUAAGGAGAAAAAAACUUGUCGAAUGGCAGCUCACAUGAAACGAACUGGAAAUGUUUAGAAAGAGUAAUAUUAGAAUUGUCAUAAAUAGAACAAACGUCGGUUGAUGGAGAGACGAGACCGCGGGAUCGGAGUAGCUUUGUUUCGGAAAGGGCUUAAGUUGGAUUUACCUCAGAUCAUGUUUGAAUAUAUUUUUUUCACUUAUCAUGGCGUCGUUCGAGUCGAGCGCGGGUUCGUCUAAGGCAAUUGUGCAAAUUUAUUUUAUAUCUCUUAAUUUAUUUUGAUUGUCGAUGAUGCAAUCGCAUUGAAGAACAAUAUAAUAACGUUAAGUAAUUUGUAAGAUAGUUUCAGACAUUUAUAAUAGCAUAUGAUUUAAUAAUAUAUUACUAUGACCCGAUAAUGACCCUUGAUGCAUCACAAAGUUUUUUUUUUAAAUAAAUAUUGCUCAAUAACAAUUAUCAGGCGAGAAUUUCGAUUUUUCACAAUUUGCAAUAAUUUUAAGUCCCGGGCAAUAUAUUUAUACUAUGUGACAAUUAAUUGUAAGUUUAUUAUGAUCUCUUUGACAAAUAAAUUAAGUUAUAAUAUAGUCGUAGAGAUAGUUAUAGUAUUCUGUUUAAGCCGGUACCUUAAAUAUUAAUAUUCGGAGAUAAUUUAUACACGCAUUCAAUAGUGUACAAACGAAGGUCACAAUCGUUAACGCCUCGGGGAAACUAACCACGAUACUGGAAAUUAAAUUUUCACUCGCGCGGUUGUGUUCUCUAUGCGUUUCGUUGAAUAAAAUACAAAAUGUCUUUGCGUCCUCCGAACGCGAUGGAUGCAAAAACAGAUCAAGUUCAUUAAAAUAUAAAAAAGCAAGUUAGAUUUAAUGAAAUACAAAUACUCAAGACCGCGGAGACUGUUACCUCACAGUAACACGAUUGCCAAUUUAAUAUUAAAAUUAGAUACGAGAUAUUUUAUAAUGUAACAUUGAGUAUUUGUGUUUUGAAUAAGAGUUCAAUAUAUUACUUUUAAAAGUCUUAAGUGUAUUUCGUUUUGUUGUUUUAUUUUAAUGGAUUAUAUCUUUAUGAUUUAUUAAUUAUUGUUUCGAUUUGACCUCAAAAUUUAUUCAAUAAUCGAUAAACAACGGUAACGAUCGCGAUCCCUUUAUUAAAGUACAAAUUCACGUCUGUUUAGGUCGAAGGGUCGCGGCGAAUUAUUUAAAAGACACUCAUUUUUCAUUCAUUUUUACGAUUUAAAUCGCUAGGUUUUAAAUUUUUUAUGUAUCGGUGUCCGAAUGCCGGUACGCUCUGCCAAAGUUAUAACUCUGGGUGGGUCUGACUAGACUAAUGAAAUUAUAAAUGAAUUAACGUUUGGACAAUGUUAGGUGAAUAUUAAAGUGCCGUUCCAGGCUCGCGUUUGUAAUCAAUACGUGGCGUUCGGUUGAGUUCGACUUGUUUAUAAAAUUUGACGUUGUUCUUGAUUUUAUGAAAUGUGUUUAUCUGUGAUCUCUGAAACAGACGCGACAUACAUACAUUAUACACGAUAAAUAGUUACAAUGAAAAAUACGAUAUUAUUCUAAAAGUUGAUACAUCUUAUUGUAAUGUUAGAAAUAGUUGUCCGGAAACCAUUUAGUUUUUGGACAAAUAUUUUUGGCCUUCAAGGCUUUUGUUUAUGAGAUUACAUCGCAAGUGUUUGAUAUAAUUUUAUUGUUUGAAAAAUUCUAUUCGUAUGUCGUUUGUUCGUCACACGACGUCCGAUGUUGUUCUUAGUAGGUAAAGAGAAUGUAUUCGAUUGAGGAGUUUGGACAUUGAUAUAAAACGCACUUCGUUCUUAUAAUUUUAAUAUAUUCUCUUUAACACCUGUGAUGUAUUAAAUAUGAUCUCAGAACAUAAUUUUACUGUAUGCAAUUUGUCAUAUUAUAUAUAUAUAUAUAUAUAUCUAUAUAUUGCUGUUUAAAAUAGUGUUAGUUACUGAACAUGGCGUUAGGAGACUUGAGUAACUGCAAUUCUGUAUCCCUGGCUGAUUUAAGCGAAUGAGAAAUAAUUUAAUACAUCAAAUAUAAUUUUUUUAUUUUUUAUUUUGUUAAUAUAUAAAGUUUUCUUAAUGUAUGAUUUGUGUAAUUUUUGACUGAAUAUUAAGUCUGUUCGAGUCCGCUGGCCGUUCGGUAUACUUCGUAGCACUGUACAUAUUGUGCACAUAUGUGUAUUUAUUAAGCGGUAAAUAACGGCCAGCGAGUCCUUGGGAUACAAAUAUAUAUAUAUUGUAAAUUAUUUAAGCUCAAGAGGCAAAACUGCUUAAGAGUUCGAGCCGAAUAGUUAUUAUAUAUAUGUAUCACAUUAAUUUCAAUAUGUUUGUCUCGCGGCGAGUAACGUCGCUACGUAAGUUCAAUUCUGUAAAUAUUCGGCCAAAGUUGUCUAAUUAAUGUUUUAUAGUGUAUCGAGUUCCAUAUCAUUAUAUUGUGUAAUGUAUAAAACUUAAAAUUAGUUUUAAAAAAAGCUUACUUCAUACGGUA